AUGGAGGACGAGGUAGUCCGCAUUGCCAAGAAGAUGGACAAGAUGGUGCAGAAGAAGAACGCGGCUGGAGCAUUGGAUUUGCUGAAGGAGCUUAAGAAUAUUCCCAUGACCCUCGAGUUAUUACAGUCCACAAGAAUUGGAAUGUCAGUUAAUGCUAUUCGCAAGCAGAGUACAGAUGAGGAAGUUACAUCUUUAGCAAAGUCUCUCAUCAAAUCCUGGAAAAAGUUAUUAGGAGUAAAACUAAAUAGCUCCAGUGGCAACGUAAGCAGCAGAAAGGAUGAGACAAAUGUUCGAGACACUUAUGUUUCAUCUUUUCCUCGAGCUCCAAGCACUUCAGAUUCUGUACGGCUAAAGUGUAGAGAGAUGCUUGCUGCUGCUCUUCGAACAGGAGAUGACUACGUUGCUAUUGGAGCUGAUGAGGAAGAGUUAGGAUCUCAGAUUGAGGAAGCUAUAUAUCAAGAAAUAAGGAAUACAGACAUGAAAUACAAAAAUAGAGUACGAAGUAGGAUAUCAAAUCUUAAGGAUGCAAAGAAUCCAAAUUUAAGAAAAGUACAAACCCGUAGUGCUGAUGAACCGAUGACAACAUUUGUUGUCUGUAAUGAAUGUGGAAAUCGAUGGAAGGAAAAUAUCCCUUAA